CAAUUAUAAUUAUUUAAUCUUUCCAUAAAGAAAUAUCUCUGCUUAGGCACAAAUUUAGCAUCAAGUCAGCAAAUUAAAUAGCCUGCUUUUAACAGAAAAACACCUAUUGUUAGCUGAGGUGAGCUGUCAUUGUGAAAUGAACUUUGCUCUCUCCCACCCAUGGUCUACUUGCUCUCUCUGUCGGUGUGUGUCUGUGUGAAGGGGGCACAUUCAUCGUCCCACUAGAUUAGUGAAGAUUACCUGCAGGAUCUAUGUUAAUCCAGUUACAGAAGGAUCGGAGAGUCAGAUUCAUAGCAGGCCAUUUAUUCGGGAUCUUAACAAUGUUCCUGGGAAGAGAAGUGGAGAUGUGUGUUCAUUUGUGUGUGUGUGUUUCUGUGUGUGUCUUUGUGUUUGUCCAGGAAUAAAGUGCUUUUGUAGUUGUCAUCAGUAAAGAACACGUAUAUCACUGGAGCAGCGGUGUUAGUCCGCUGUGUCCCAGUUUUUUUUUGCAUGGAGCCCAUCCACUGAUGGGGCCGUGUGAGAUUACAGACAGGGACAGUGUCUGGGGCCAGACAUCACACACGCCACCUGAUACAGAGGAGGAGCAGCUAAGUUAUGACAUGGUCCAUUAUGGCCACUCGAACCAGCUCAGACAGGCCAAGGCGAUGGGGGACUACCUCAUAGUAGGAGUGCACACAGACGAUGAGAUUUCCAAGCACAAAGGUCCCCCAGUGUUCACGCAGGAGGAGCGCUACAAGAUGGUGCGUGCCAUCAAGUGGGUGGAUGAGCUGGUGGAGGGAGCUCCAUACGUCACCACCCUUGAGACACUCGACAAGUACAAGUGUGAUUUCUGUGUGCAUGGAGAUGACAUCACACUCACAGUAGAUGGCAAGGACACCUAUGAAGAGGUGAAGAAGUCUGGAAGAUACAGAGAAUGUAAGCGGACACAGGGAGUCUCCACUACAGACCUGGUGGGUCGCAUGCUACUCAUGACCAAAGCCCAUCACAGCAACAUUGGCAGUUCAGACUACCAGCAGCAUACAGACAACUUUGGGAAGCAGAUUUCAAUAGCAAUAAAAGAAGCAUCUGGUGAGAGUGAUGGCUGUUGUCUGCUGCAGGGUCCGAGGGGACACAGUCCCUGGACGGGGGUGUCCCAGUUUCUCCAGACCUCGCAGAAGAUCAUCCAGUUUGCCUCAGGGCAGGAGGCGCAGCCUGGAGAUACCAUCAUCUACGUGGCUGGAGCUUUUGACCUCUUCCACAUCGGUCAUGUAGACUUCCUGGAGGCUGUGCACAAACUGUCUGAUAAGCCAUACAUCAUCGUUGGGUUGCACUUUGAUCAGGAAGUGAAUCGCUACAAAGGGAAAAACUACCCUAUUAUGAAUGUCCAUGAGAGAACCCUGAGUGUGUUGGCCUGUCGAUAUGUGUCAGAGGUUGUAAUCGGUGCACCCUACACUGUCACUAAGGACUUACUGGAUCACUUUAAGGUUGACCUUGUGUGCCAUGGAAAGACAGAUGUACUUCCUGAUCGGGAUGGCUCUGACCCUUACACAGUUCCUAAGAGGAAAAGCAUCUUCAGAACAGUGGACAGUGGCAACAUACUCACUACAGAUGACAUAGUGCAGAGAAUAAUCAAGAACAGGUUGCUGUUUGAAGCAAGGAAUCAAAAGAAAGAGGCAAAGGAGAUGGCGAUGAUACAGGCCAUGAAGAGACGAGAGGAGGAGAAAGCAAAAGAGAGAUCGCAGGCGGUGGUGUAGGACGUCUCUGCCCCACCCUGUCCAAACAGAAGAUCAGAGACUGACCACUCCCCAUACCAACUGCACACACACACACACAUACACACACACACACACACACAUAUACACACACACACACACACACACACACACACACACACACACAUACUUUCAUUCCUCCUGCUCCUAAUAAGACCACACACACACACACACACACACACACACAUACACACACACACACACACACACACACACACACUCACACACACACAAACUCAACACAGAUACACCAGAUGCUGUCUUCCUGCCUUGGGUGUUAUGCUGUUAGUAACCUCACAAGUGUAUAGUCAGCUCUCACUAUACAAAAAAUGUGUAACACACAUGUGCUCGUAGGCUGUCCUCCACUCGUCUUACCCACCAUCCCUCUCUCCAUCUCUCUCUUCCUCCUGACAUGUCUGUUCUCUUGCCUGGCAGAUGAGAUUGUGCCCACACAUCCCUAAUUCAUACUCAGUUCCUAAGUGCCAGUACGACCAAGAGGGCAUUAGAUGAGAUGUGUCAGUGCUGAAGUGGGCAUUGCCCCUGCGUGUGCAAGGGGUACGGAGUACAAUGAGAAGCACACAUCUCCAAACAGGAGAUCUCUUUUUAGGCACAUUGCAGAUUUUCAUGUUAACCACAAUAUACUAGAGAGAAAGGAGUCUGUAGGGGGGGUAGGGUUUGGAGUACAGCCGCUAUGACACGUCUCACAUGGCCUUUGUGGCCUGUGUGUGUGUCCGUGUGUGUGUGUGUGUGUGUGUGUGUGUGUGUAUGUAAGCUUGUGUGCCUGCAUGUGUGCGUGGGUAUGUGUGUGAUGAGCAGACAACUGAAUCUGUGGUUAUAAUGUCAACACAUGAAACUGGAAUGAAACCAUGUAUAUAUGUUCUAUAUGUAACUACUACAGAUGACUUACUGGAAAUGUUCUCAAAACAUGCUGUGAGAGGAUACGUGAUCAGGACAAAACACACUGUAAUUAAUGUACCACUGUCUGUUGAUCUGAACGGCUCCUAUUGACUUACAGUCGUUAGUACGAUUCCUCCUCUGCUUUAACCUACAGAACACAAAAGGAGUACUGUGAGAAAUGUCAAACGGCAUCCAUAUUUUUUCAACUGUAUUUAAAUGAUAGAUCUAGAUGUCCACUCUAUGCACUCUAAAACAGUCUUCUUCAUUCAUGAGAAAACGGUUUUCCUGAACUUUCCUCAACAGUGGACACACAAGAGUGUGGUAAAAUUAUAUUAAUUUUUUAACAGUUUGCAUUGUUAGGGAUAAAAAAGAUAUAUGGGUGGGUGAUCAUUUGUGAGUGUUGGUUCAGUGAUAUAAGUGAAAAGGUCUUAGCCUAAGAGGUGGGAAGAUGGUCCUAAAUUUGUUAACAGCUAAACUACUCUAGAAUUGCGUAGACUUUUGCAGUUCCCUAUCUGGCCACACAACGUCACCAUGUGUCUUACAAAUAAGCAUUGCACUUACCCAAUAGAAAUCAAUGACAAUAUUGGUAGUUUCUGAGAUGGAAAUGUCCAAAAUUUGACGAAUGGGUAUGUUUUGCCUCCAGCCAUUAAAAAAGCUGAUAUACAUUUUAUGAGUAGGCUAAAAUGGACAGAAUUAUUUUGUGAUUAGGCUAUUUCUAUGAGCAGCUUAAAUAAUUACACCCACCUAAGAUAAUUAGAAUACAACAGCUCAGCGAACAUUUGGAUACUUAAGGGACUAAGUCCCACUGGGGGAGACAAUCUAAUUCGUGAACAUGUUAAAAUGAACAGGCUGGAUUAGUUCUUGGGCUCAUCAAAACCACACAAAUUCAACCUUCCAAUGUUUUGUAGGCCUACUCUAAGUCUUUCAAAAGACGAAUCUUUAAAUAACACUCAUUGGGAUGUCAAGACUGCACAUAGUCUGACAAUCCGAUCCUUGUGGGAUAUUAGUCCGUAGGCUACCCGUCGAAAAAAAAAAAAAAGUAGGCCUAAUAAGCCAGUGUUGUUGACACUGUAUUUCCUUACAAUGUCGCAUUCUGUAUAAUCACAUAUGUCAAGUUUUCUUAAAAGUUUGCCAUUUGUGGUGGAUUAAAAGUAACUAAUGUAGGCCUAUUAACAGUAGAAUAACUCAACGAUUCCAUGGUGCUUCUCCCAGGACGGUAGCCUACAUGGAUAUAUCAAUCCCGCCUCUGAUGAGUUUCUUGUAUUUUAAUAAUCUGUCUGUUAUCAGCCAGUGUAGGCUAUUAUAUUCUGACAGCACAUGCCUUGUAAUUUAUUAAAGUAUUAUCCCUGUCAAUACUAA